UGCACGUCGCGCAAAAAAAAACAGCAGCGGCGGCCGUUGGGGAAGAGAGUAAAUAGAGAGAGAAGCCUCAAGAUGGCUGACUCGCUGUGCUCCGCUUACCUCACCGGAGCUGCUACUGCGGUAGCCCCGGCGGUCGCCUCCGCCAAAAGCCCGCUGGUCAAGCCGACCGAGGCAAAGGGAGCCCCUGACAACCGCCUUCAGUCUUCCCGGGAUUUCAACCCGCCGCUGCCCAAGAAGGUCCGACUGGAGGAGAGGAGCGUUAAACCCAAGAAACUCAGCCGGGAAGCAGGAGUGGGAGGCAACGGCAGAGAGAAACUCCAGCAGCCCAAUAAGCAGCAGAUUUAUGGGGCGGGCUUGUGGAGCUUCAGCCCGGUUAAGACGAGUAGCAACAACCCUUCGGUGCCUGCUACCAGUGGGCACCAGCCACCGACAAACACGCAGAAAGUCUUUAAACAGAGCGACUUCUUCCUCCACAAAGCGCCUUCCUCCUCCAAACACAAAAACCCCAGUAAAGAUAAACAGCGCGAGAAAGAGAGGGAGAAGGGGGCAGGAGGCGGAGAGGAGAAGAAGAGAACUAAAGUACUGGUGACCUCCGGACCCGGGGAUAAUGUUAAUAACAACAACAACGAAAUCAGCAGAAUUAACACCACUUCUGCAGUGAAACGAGAAAAUGGGGAGGUCAUGUUGGCACCCAAAGAGCACUCCAACAAGGACAAGGCAAAAGAGAGAGACCGAGAGGAGAGGGAGAAGAAGAAGGUCAAAGACCGAGAGAGGGAAAAGGAGAAGAAGAAGCACAAAGUGAUCAACGAGCUCAAGAUGGAGAACGGAGAAGUCAAGCCGCCCAUCAAAGAUGAAAAAGAGAAGGCCAAGAUCAACCCAGAGGACCUGCAGAUCAAAAAAGUGAAGAAGAAAAAGAAGAAGAAACAUAAAGAGGGGGAGAAGCACAAACGAGUGAAGAUGUACCACCGCUCCUGCCAAACCAUUUGUGCUGGCCUAUUUCUCCUCCCUCCGUCUUCCCCACCUCCCAACUCUUCUCCCUCAUCCUCUGAUGUCACUCCUAACUCCUCCCUGUCUCCAUUCAAGUCCCCCCUACCUGUUUACCCUCCACCCAACAACAAAACUGCACAUCUCUUACCUUCCUCUCCUCAUCUCACCCCCAAAUCUCUCUUAAACUGCGCCCUCCUCGACUCCCUCAACUCUCCAUCAAAGACCCCGACCCAACCCCAGCAUCAGUGCAGCUAUCCCGGCAUGGCGGGCUUGGAGUUUGCCCCGUACAUCCACAUAGAGAAGCAGCCGAACGGGGGGGCCCUGGUGGCCCACGCCUACACCUCCCAGCUCUCCUCCCUCUCCCCGGGCCAGAUGCAGAGGUUCGCCCAGGAGUUUGUCACCCUGUCUUUCAGCGAGGACUCAUCGCAGGCCGCUCAUUACGUCAUGGGGAUCGUCCAUGGAGAAGCCAGCUACCUGCCGGACUUCUUGGACUACUUCUCAAGCAAGUUCCCAACCGCUCCAGUCAAAAUGGAAAUACUGGGAAAGAAGGACAUAGAAACCACCACCAUGGUUAAUUUCUACUCUCAGGUGAAGAAAACGUACAGUAAUGGCACAUACCGAGCCGGAGCAAUGAGACAGAUCAGCCUGGUGGGAGCCGUGGACGAGGAGGUCGGGAAUUAUUUCCCAGAAUUCCUCGGCAUGCUAGAGGAGUCGCCCUUCCUGAAGCGGACUCUUCCGUGGGGAACGUUCUCCAGCCUGAGGACCAUGGAUCCCACCGAGAGCGACGACGGGCCCAUCAUGUGGGUCAGACCCGGGGAACAGAUGAUACCUGUAGCUGACAUACCAAAGUCUCCUUUUAAAAGAAAACGCUCCACCAACGAGGUGAAGAACCUGCUGCAGUCUCUGCCGAGGACCAGCGAGCCCAGAGAGUUGCUCUUCGAGGACCGGACCCGGGCCCACGCUGAUCACAUCGGGCAGGGCUUCGAGCGACAGACCACGGCAGCAGUGGGGGUGCUGAAGGCCGUGCGGGCCGGAGGAAGCUCGGAGCCUCCUCGUGUAACCAAAGACGUCGUGUGUUUCCACGCUGGAGAUUUCCCUCAAGUAGUUCAGAGGCUGCAGCUGGACCUGUACGAGCCUCCGCUGUCUCAGUGUGUGCAGUGGGUGGAUGAUGCCAAACUGAACCAGCUGCGCAGGGAGGGCAUUCACUACGCCCGCAUCCACCUGAGCCACAACGACAUCUACUUCAUCCCUCGCAACGUGGUGCAUCAGUUCAAGACCGUGUCGUCCGUCUGCAGCCUGGCAUGGCACGUACGCUUAAGGAAAUACCACCAGGGAGCAGGGGAGGAGGAGGAGGAGGAGGAAGAAGAGGAGGAGGAGGAAGAAGAGGAGGAGGAGGAGGAGGUGAAAGUAGAGGAGGAGCAGGUUGAGCCGAGGGAGAAGGAGAGGAAAAAAGUGGAGGAAAAAGAAGAGGAGAGGAGAAAAAAAAAGAGUGAGAAAGGAGUGAAGGUGAAGAUAAAGAAGGAGGAAGAGGCGGCUGAUGGGUUGGAGAACAGAGCGCUGCCAGCUGUGAGCAAACAGGAAGUGGCUCAUCACCCCGCCCCCCUGCUGGACUCCAACAUGAACAGAGACAAACGGCUGGAGAAGGAGAGGGGGAAAGAAGGAGGGAAACUCAAACGGCACGACUCGCCUCCUGGAAGGGUGAGAGCAGACCUUCCAGUGCCUCCUCUCUGCAAGAACAACUCACCUUCAUCUCACCCUCCUCAUCAGGACACCAAACCCAAAGCAGCAUCAUCAAAGCACCUUCAUCACCACCCUCACCAUCAUCCCUCAGACAGCAGAGGCACGUCUUCCACUUCAAGGCCUUCAGCUCCUCAAUCCCCCAUCUCCAAGUCUUCCUCCUGUUUAUCAGCUGUUACUCCUUCACACUCCUCCUCUCCCUCUCCUGCUCUCUCCUCCACUCCCUCUCCUGCUCUCUCCUCCACUCCCUCUCCUGCUCUCUCCUCCUCUCCCUCUCCUGCUCUCUCCUCCUCUCCCUCUCCUGCUCUCUCCUCCUCUUCCUCACCCCUGACUCCCAGACCUGCAGCGGUCUUCUCCAAACGUCCUCCCCCCGGCGUCUCCUCCACCCCCCGACUGCCUCCCUCCUCUCAGUCGGACAGGACAAAGACCGAUGUGGCGUCAGAGCCCGGGAGGCGGGUGCAGCCGGGGGUCCGAGCCUCGCACGGCCCCCCCGCUGUGCACUCGCACUCCUCCAGAGGGGACACACACCCAGCCCCUCGAGACUCCCGCACACACCCCCUGCAGGAGAGAUGGCCUCACAGUGCGGACUCUAGACUGUCUUCUGAUCCUCACAUGCACCCGCAGCAGUACACCCACCAGCACCUCCCCCCUCCUCCCCUCCCCCACAUGCUCCCCCCGUCUUUCUCCCCUCUCCUGCCACCCUCACAUCUCCCUCACAGAGGAGUCCGCCUCCCCCCGAAUCCGCUCUCACAGCCGCUGAACUCGUAUCAGAAAGCUCCGCCUCACAUGAGCCGGCUCCACCUGCCCCCCCCUCACCCCCCACUCCCCCCCAACAUCAGCAUGCAGUCUCAGACAUACUACCAGCCUCCUCUGCUCUCCGCCCCGUGUGGACCUCCCCUCCGCAGCUCCCAGUCUCUCCCCCCUCACCUUCCUCACCACCACCACCAGUAUGCCAACACCUUCUUCCCCCCGCAGCAUCCCCACUUCUCCCCUCACCCCUUCCCCCCCCCUCAGUCUUACCACUCUUACCCGCCACAAUACCAGCCACAGUCUUAUCCUCACCCGCCUCCUCCUCCUACGUCCUCGCCGCCUCCCCCUCCUCCGUCUCAUCCGCCUCCCCCUCCCCCUCAGCCUUCCCCGGCUCUCCUCCUCCCCCCCUCACAGCACGGAGAGCAGCAAAAACAGGUUUAACAGUUAGUGUACAUAAGGAUGCUGUUUUGUAUUUGUGUUGGGUGUGAUGUUGAUGAACAAUGUAAAAAGGAAAACUGGUUCAGAACACGGAGUCGGACCUGGUUCUGGACUGCUUCAGAUUGUACUGCCCCCAUUGGGUCUCGUUGUUGCAUUCAUCAGCAGCUUUUGGCCUUCAGUCACGCUCCAGAUUUGACUUUGAAGAAGAUUUGAUUCAGGAAGAAGUUCUCCGUGUCUGCCAAACUGCUUCCUGGUUCCGUUUUUUGAGCUGAGCCACCAGAGGUAGGAAGGAAAAGGUAAAUGUCUGCUCUGACAGAUUUUACAUAUUUAUAUGAACAAGGUCACGAUGAUGACCUUUUUGUGAAUCUUGCAGCUAAUGCUUCCAAUUUUGUGGCUUUUUUUCUCGUAUAUGCUUUGUGCCCAAGACUGUUUCUGGAAUAUGAUUCUUUUUAAAAUUAGAUCCAGUGUUGUACUGUUGAUAAACAAUCAACAGCUGAUCAAAUUGGUUGAUGGAAUAUGAUGACAAAUGUUGGAGGACUUCAGUAGAGGUUUUAACCAAAGCAAAUCAAAGUGAAGUAUUCUGUUGUACCUGGAGCCCUCAGCAGCAGUGGCAGAGCUCUUAGUGCGGUUGUUUAUUAGUUCUGGAAAAAGAACACUUACUGUUCAGCCAAGGAUGAAUUAGACCCUGCCUCCAGAGUCUCAGGAAAGCCAUCCAGGACACAUGCAUACAUAUAUUGGACUCCUAAAAACAACCCUAGCUACAUUUGAGGGUUAUUCAAAUAAGAAAUCAUGACCUAUGCAGCUACAUUAAGAGCUUGCCAUGAGUUAAAGCACACAGCAUCUGGGUAACAGAAGGAGCAGAGCAGCAUCAGAUUCCCAGUGUACAGCACUUUGUAUCAUGGAUACAUCCGCUGUAGGGAUGAUUGGAGCUUCUAAUUCUAUCAGAUGAUCAACAGGAUUCUUAUGUAACUCAUUCAGGCCUUUUAUGAGACAAUUGUUUUAUUAUUGAUGGAUGUAUGAAGGUACACUGUUGAGAGGUCAUUCCCAAAGCACUAUUUAUCUAUUUAAAUGAAGUUCAAAUGUUUUAUUUAUCAACCCGGAACUGUUAAAAGUACAAUAAAUUAUUAAAAUGAUGUUAAAGCAGCAGCUAUAAAUAUGUGUCUUCAAGUGGUGAGCAUCUCUUCUGUAUCAUUUCAUUGUCAAAAACUUGAUUAUGUCUUGAUUUGAGUGAGGAUAUUGGAGUUCAGCCCACAUGCUAAUGUAGCCCGCAACAUUUCCCCAGUGCCUGUCCUGAACUGUGAACUAUUUAUGGCCCAGAGCCACACGGAGAAGGAGUUCUGUCCUUUCAUGAGACUUCAUGUCUGGGUGUUUCCCCUGUAGAAUGAGAGCAAAGCCUUCAAUUGCUCUCUAAGCGUUGCUGAAAACUCUCCAAAUAUCUGUGGUGUACUUUGGGAUGAGUGGAAAUGUGUGGCUCGGUGGGACCAACUCCGGGAAGCAGGGUUGUGUUUUUCAGGAUUAGUGUCACCGCCAGUCUGGAAAAUGUCUGAAAAUGAAGCGUAAGCCUCCAGCUCUCUGGUCAGUUUGCCUUCAGAGACAGAACCCUCCACUCUGUGGCUCUGAGCGAGGUGAUAGAACACCUUGAUGCCAGUUCAAAGACUCUGCAGCUCUUUUUAUGCUUUCUUAUAUUUCAAAAAAUAACUGACAGAAACUAUUAUAUUUUUUGUACAAAUGUCACAAAAUGAUGGUUGAAAACAACACAAGUCUUCAAGGGCUGCAGUUGUUUCCAGAUCAUUUAUUUAUCUCAAGGUUUUUGUUGUUUUUUUCUAUUUUGUUUACGUGAUUUUUAACUGUCAGCACUGUAGUGUACAUAAGAAGUUUUGUAAGGAAGAAAAACUUGUAGUGUGGUUUCUACUUUAAAUAUGAGCCUAGCUAAUAAAAGGUUCAAUGUAUGGACAAUG